CCAGAUCCCCAUCAUGCUCUGCGUCUCUAAAACACAUAACCGUAAAGACUAGGAGACUAUCAAUGCCUUGGAAUGUUUGGAUACUUUUCUCUUGGGUGGUCCCAAUCCUGGGAUCACGGGGGCCAAUUAGUAUGCCAUUUUCCAGGGAGAUGACAUCUUCUGAAAAUGAAAACGUGGUGCUGCUGAAGUGGGGAUAUGACCGAGAGUUGCAGGAAAUCUCAAUAGAGAUUCAGACACCUUUAGCAACUUGGGUAGUUUUGGGCCUGAGUCCUGAAGGGAAACUGAACGCAAGUGAUUUUGCUGUAGGUGGAUGGGAUAAAGAGAACAAACAAGUUUUCUAUGAUGCUCAUUUCAAAGAUGAAUGGCCUCCCGUGAUGGACAAGUCCCAAGACUAUGAACUGCUCGAACUAAGCCGCAAUGAGACCCACGUUGUUUUGAGGGUUUGGCGUCAAUGGUUCACCUGUGACUCCCAUGAUCUGGAAAUUGAGAAUGACACCAUUAGAGUGAUUGUCGUGUUUGGAGAAGACCAUGAGUUCACGCUUUUGGAGAAAAAUACCUACAUAAAGUCUUUCUUUUUCCUGGAAAUCCUUAAAGAAUUGACAGAUACUGAAAAUCUAAUCCCUUAUGAAUUCAGAGUUAACGAUUUCCUGAUUCCAGCCGAUGAUACGACGUAUGCCUGUACCUUCAUCCCUAUGCCAAAUGUAUCUACCAAGCAUCAUAUAGUUAGGUAUGAGCUAAUUGUUGACCCCGACAGCGUUGGGAUAGUUCAUCACAUUCUGAUAUAUGGCUGCGGCAACAACCUUGAAUUCUCGUCAGAGAUUGGAGCUUGUUAUGGUAGUGACACCAGAUACUCCAAGUGUAUGAACUCCUUGUUCGGGUGGGCAGUCGGUGGAGAGGUCUUUGAUUUUUCACCAGAUAUGGGCGUUCCCAUCGGCACCGAGGAGGACCCUAAAUAUAUCCGGCUUGAAAUUCAUUACAGCAAUUUUCAUAACAAGGAAGGACUUUUGGAUAGUUCCGGUAUAAGAAUUUAUUACACCCCACAAUUACGUGAACACGACGGCGGUAUUCUGAUGACUGGGAUUUUCACGUUUCCUAUCCAUUUUAUCCCUCCCGGAGCUGAUCAUUUCCGCAAUUAUGGACUCUGCAACACUGAACUGAUCCCACAGAUGUUGGGUCAUCCAGUAGAAGACUUCCAUGUCAACACAUUUCUCCUUCAUGGUCAUCUGACAGUACAAAGCAUACGAAUUAUGCAUUACAGGAAUGGCACAUUAAUUGGGAGUUUGGGAGAAGAUAAGAGAUAUGACUUCAAUUUCCAACAAGUCCGAGAUUUGCCAGGAGUUAUCACGGUACAAAUGGGGGAUCAGAUUGUGGUGGAAUGUUCAUCCAGCACCCCAGACAGAGAAGGUGUCACCUUUGGAGGACCAAGUACCACAAAUGAAAUGUGUGUGGUGUUCCUGUUUUAUUAUCCUGUUGUUCCUAUUGCUGCCUGUUGGAGUCUCCUCGAUAUCCAGCAUGUGGUUGAGGUCCUGGAGCUGGAUGAAUCAGAGACCAUAAUGGAUGCCAUUAUAAACAUUAAUGGUGUAGACUGGGAUGAGGAGACCAUAGUUAAAGCCCAAAAUGCCAUCCUUGAAGCCGACCACACUGCAAUUAUCACUCAUCGUACGGGGGAAAUGAUCAAUGAAACAAGCUCAACUUUACCCAUUUUUGCACCUACCCCACAUCCUUGUCAUGAAUACACAGAUGACUAAAAAAAAAAA